AAGCGCCACCUCUUUAAUAGGUCUGCCAGUACAAUACAGCAUCAUCCACCUGGCACAGGAGAAGAGCAGCAACCAGAGACAGCAUCAGCAUGAUGACUCUUAGCUUCGUCGCGUUUUUCUGCUUCACCAUCCCCGCCUCAGGCGCUCCUGCUGGAUUAAAAGACGACUGCGAGAACGUCAAGUAUUCUGCUAGAGAUCUCAACCAGCAUGCCAAAACUGCAUAUCUAAAAGCACGAAAUGAAUCCAAAGAUGUGGCACAUUUCUCCAACUCCUUAGCCUGGAUCGAUGCAAAUGACAAGUGUGACCCUGGGAGCCUCAAAGAAAAUUCUACACCAUGCAUUGAGAAGCUCCUUAGUGUGCUGACCAGCUACCACUAUGCUGUUGAGAGGAUUUCUGCAUUUAAAGGCUGUUCGAAAGUCAACACAACUUUGAAGCCAGCAAUUAAAAAGCUGCACAAGGACAUGGCCAAAUGUUUGAGGUCUCUGAGAGGGAAGGAGCACCAUGUGAAGAGAGAGGAGCCACAGCCAGUUGAUCAGUGGUGGUUGGAAGAUUUGAUGUGCAGCUAUACCCUGGAACGACUCUUCUCCUUCUCCAUACUCACCGCGAGGGUCUUUGCUGUCGGUGAUCCCGCUCACCACUCUGUGGGCUUAGCUCAGAAAUGCCCCUCCAAUUCUUGA